AUGAGCUUGGAAAAGGAGCACCAGAAUACGCUGGAAGAAAACGAUGAAUUUGAGGACUUCCCUGUUGAUACUUGGCCAGAUUCCGAAACCAUCAAAGAAGACUCCAGCGUGCAAACAAACCUUUGGAAAGAGGACUGGGACGAUGUAGAGGUAGACGACGAUUUUACCAAGGAGCUAAGAGCGGAGCUGCAGAAGCACAAACAGUAA